ACGGCUGAGAAAGCGCCCGCCCGCCAACCCCGGUACCGGCGGGACCCCGGGACAUCCAGGGAAAAUCCCGGGACAUUCGGGGACACCGGGACAUCCAGGGAAAAUACCGGGACAUUCGGGGCACCGGGACAUCCAGGGAAAAUCCCGGGACAUUCGGGGCACCGGGACAUCCCAGGGAAAAUCCCGGUACCGGCGGGACCCCGGGACAUCCAGGGAAAAUCCCGGGACAUUCGGGGCACCAAGACAUCCCAGGGAAAAUUCCGGGACAUUCUGGGCACCGGGACAUCCAGGGAAAAUCCCGGGACAUUCUGGGACACCGGGACAUCCCAGGGAGCAUCCCGGAGACWCGGGAGCACUGAGACACACCGGGGAGCAGCACAGUGACAGUCCGGWGGAGCAUCACAGGACAUUCGGAGGGGACACUCCGCAUCCCGGGACAUCCCGGCACCGAUCCCGUAGCUGAAUUCUUCCUCGUUUUGUUUUAAAAUCUUUCUGCUCGGGCAGGAAUCUUUAAAAUCUUCUUGCCCCCGCCGAGGCCGGGUGGUGUUACGAGGAGGGGAAGCUGGAAGAAAUGGUUCACCCUGGAAGGCUUUGCAGACUCGGGCCCUGCGUAUCAGGAGAAACUGCAAAUCUACAAAGAGACGCUCAUUGAAUUAUUUUUGGGAUAGGAUCCACCAUGCUCCUGUCCCAUCACGRACUCCCGCUUGGUUUGUGGCCCAGUGUUUCUUCUUUAACAUGGGCUUCUGGCACUUUUCUUCUGACAGUGAAUAGUGGAGGGAAGAGGAACUAUAUUAGCGGGAGGAAAGGCAGGUUUGUGGACUGUUGCUUAAAAGAAAGGGGAACAUUUCAUGUGUUGCCAUGUCUGAAGAUGCUUUAUUGGAAGAGGACAUUUGGGAGUAYAAAUCCAUUAGGAAGCGAAAGCAUCAGAGUAAUUCACAGAACAUCUCUACCCCUGUGCAGGAAGUAAGUGAUGGCAAGGGCAGGCCAAAAAGAAAGAGAAAUAGGAAAAAGAAAUCCGUAGGAAAAACUGAUACACCUCAGAAAAUCAAGCAGAGCUCACAGCCGGAUCAGGAUGUGGAUCAAUGUGGAGAUGAUGGUAGUGUGCACUCCCAGGAAAGCGUGAGUAGCCUGGUGGAACAGGGCUCACAAAAUGCAAAGCCUGUUUAUGAUGGAYACUGUCCCAAUUGCCAGAUGCCUUUCUCUUUGCUAUUGGUCCAGACACCUCAGUGGCACGUCUAUGAAUGCUUGGAAACUCCAGGACCUAUUGAAAAAGAGUGUCCUGAUGGUUUGCUGUGCACCUCCACCAUCCCAUCCCACUACAAGCGCUACAGCCAUUUUCUACUGGCAGCAGACAGGGCAGGAGAAUAUGUUGUAAACUCUUCAGAAAACACUGUGGAGGUCAAGAUGACAUGUUCUACUGCUGCAAAGCCCAGCUGUUCCCCAGGUCAUGCAGAGGAGACCUUACAGAAUGAGAAACCAUCUCAAGACAUAAAACAUGUCCYAAAUGAAGACUGUGUAUCUAUGGUACAGAACUCACCGCAAAUGAAGUCUCUAAAUAUAAUCAGUGAAAGUACUUCCUUUUCUGCAGGUGUUCAGAAACCUCAACAGACACUUCAGCUUCCACAGACCGCAGAUAAUAGUUGUAAAUUUGAAUUUUUUGAUUUUGCAUCCUCUCAAGAAAGUGAAACAGGAAAAGAUCUGUGUAUUCAAAAAGGUACAAGUCAGCCAAGUCUGCUACAGUCACAAGUAGAUUUCAAUGACUGUGAAAUUUCUUAUUCUCCACUGAGUACAUUUGAGGAAAGUGAAGAGGGAACUGAGGAAGAGGAGGAGAAAGUAGAACUACCACAGAAUAUAUUAUUGAAAGUGCURAACUCAGAAGAAGAAGACACUAAUUCCAUGGCAUUUAAAACAUUUGAUGGACUUACCUCACAAAGGAAGCCUCAGUGUGAGCAUAGGGAAAUAGGAAAUUUUAUAUUUAAAAAAGACCUCUGUGAGGAAGUAAAUACAUUGAACCAUGCAGAUCYUCAGCAAGGCAUGGUAGCCAGUGGAUCCUCUGUUGCUUCAAAUAACAAGGAGGCUGAACAGCCAGAACUGAUUUCCUCAGGAACCACAGACUCAGAAGAUGCUCUGGACACUGCAUAUGUGAGUUUUACUGAGACAUCAUCUCUGCUAGCCAGAAAAGAUGCUGGCUCUCUUCUGACACAGAAGAGUAAUGUUUUGAGGGAGCCAAGUAACAAUUUAACUAAUAGAGAUAAAAUAUCUGCCAGUGCAAUUGAAAAAACAGUUCACCAGGAGAAUUUGCAGACAGCAGUGGAGAAAAAAGGAAAUCUUAGCACAGCUGCUGUGUGCUUUCCCAGCCCCAGCUCUUCUAAAUCAGUGCCCUCUCUUUCAUCAGCAACUAAGAACAUCAAAUCCAGUCCUGCCAAAGAACUCAAACAAAUGGACAUUGGUGUUUUCUUUGGGUUAAAACCCAAAGUAAAGGAGCAAAGCAAAGGAGAGGCAAGUUUGAGUGAGAAAAAGCAGAUACCAAGUUCGGUAUCUCCUAAUGGAAAGAGGCCCAGACAGCAAAAAAGGAAAGCUGAGGGGUCUGUGGAAGAUGCAGAAGCAGUUACAGAAAGCUCAAGUAAAAAUGGAGCCAUUGCAGAUGUGCCUUCUGGUGGCCAACGAAGGUGGAGAAAAAAAUUUAAAGAAUUGCCUUCUACAGGUGAAGAACCAAGGAAAAAACACUGUCCUUUCUACAAGAAAAUACCAGGAACUGGCUUUACAGUUGAUGCCUUCCGGUAUGGAGAAAUUGAAGGCUGUACAGCUUAUUUCCUWACUCAUUUUCACUCUGAUCACUUUUGUGGACUAACAAAAAACUCCAGGCUUCCAAUCUACUGUAAUAAGAUAACUGGGAAUCUGGUGAAGAGCAAACUCCGAGUGCAGGAGCAGUAUGUCCACGUGCUGCCAAUGGACACGGAAUGUGUGGUCAAUGGGAUCAAAGUGCUGCUGCUCGAUGCCAAUCAUUGUCCAGGUGCCACAAUGAUCCUUUUCUACCUCCCAAGUGGGACUGUUAUUCUGCACACGGGGGACUUCAGGGCAGAUCCUUCCAUGGAGCGCCACCCUGCUCUGAUGCGUCAGCAAGUCCACACCCUUUACCUCGAUACCACAUACUGUAGCCCUGAGUACACUUUUCCUCCCCAACAAGAGGUUAUCCAGUUUGCUGUCAACAUUGCUUUUGAGACAGUGACUUUAAACCCACGAACUCUWGUUGUCUGUGGCACUUACUCCAUUGGAAAAGAAAAGGUUUUCUUAGCAAUUGCUGAAGUUCUGGGCUCAAAAGCAAGUAUGUCCCGAGACAAGUAYAAAACACUGCAGUGCUUGGAGUCAGCAGCUGUUAAUUCCCUCAUCAGUGUGGACUGGAAGGGGACUUUGCUUCAUGUUCUUCCAAUGAUGCAAAUUAAUUUUAAGGGCUUGCACGACCACUUGAAUAAGUUUUCUGAGAAUUUUGAUCAAGUUCUGGCUUUCAAACCUACAGGGUGGACCUACUCUGAUUCAUGCCAUUCUCUGGAGGAUAUCAAGCCUCAGACAAGAGGAAAGAUCACUAUAUAUGGGAUUCCUUACAGUGAACACAGCAGUUACCUGGAAAUGAAGCGUUUUGUUCAGUGGUUGAAGCCACAGAAAAUCAUCCCCACUGURAAUGCUGGUGACUGGAGAGACAGAAGCUUGAUGGAAAUGCAUUUUAGAGACUGGAUGACUGAGGGCAAUAGGCAUAAAUAAAUGUAAAGAAGAAGGUAUAUAUCAAAGGAGGCUGRAAUGGGAAUUGAGUUCCUGUGAGUUUUAUUUAUCUCCUUUUUCCAUGGAGCUUUCCUUAGGGAGGACUAAGCUACCAUUCUCUGAGGAAAGAUAAAUUUGGGAAAAGGAAUAAAAGGCACCUUGCUUUCGCGUGUAUCUGCUCCUUUUUUCCCCCCAUAACUUACCAUUUUUACAAGUUCAUAUUUCAGGCUAUUUUUAUCUUACUCCUUUUGCCCCAUUCUUAAUUUUCUUCAGAUUGUGGAGAUUCUCAGAURUAUAAUGCUGGGGAUUAAGCAGACUCCAGGGUAAUAAUUUCUGAAAAGAAGUAAUUUUAAUAAAUGAGACAAUACUAAGCUUAUGUCACAUGCUGUCAACUCAGACUUCAGAGAAGGUCAAUUUGAGGCAGAACUUAUUGUGAUUUAAAUCUUGUAAAAAAAAAAAACUUACCUUGUGAGGGAGGAUUGACUUGGGUUCCUGCAGCAUAUGUACUUCAGAGAACUGUUUACAAAAGACAUUUCUACCUACAUUCUGCUCAASAUUUGCUGCUUUUUUUUAGUCAUCUUUUUAAAAAUAAAGUAUAUAUGUUAUGCCUGUGUGUUCUUUCUGAGCAGAACGAG